UCCCCCUGCAGAUUUCUUUUUGUCAACAAAGGCUAUCAAUGGCGGAAUCUUAAAAGCAGCGAAACAUGAAUUAUGGGUUUUUUACCUGCUUUUCUACGGUAAUUCUAAUGGCGACUCAUAAUUAAGCAUGCUUGACCCUGAGAUAAUGAUGCUUCUGCAUGCUGUCCGAUUGCUAUUUCCCUUAAUGUCCGCCAUUUCUUACGCAUUUUUAAACCUUGUUUCUCCUAGAGAAAGGAACAGGCAAUGUGCACAUAAUUUGCAUUUUGUCUUCUUCUUUAAGCUUUUGUGUCUACUGAGCGAGCAGAUUGAGAGUAGUGGCAAUGGCGGAAGCUGCAUUUUCCGCUGGAUCGCGCUUCAGGACGCGUGAUUCUAGUCCAGAGUCUGCCGUUUUCACUCUCGAGUCGAGUUAUAGCGUUUUUUCUUCUACUUCUGCCAGUGUCGAACGCUGCUCUUUCGCCUCUGAUGCUCACGAUUAUGACUCUCGAACCUCUGAUAUCUCCCUGCAUCUGGAAGGGAACAUUGAGGAAUGCAAAGAAGAAAACUGUGGUCCAGAUUCUGAUCCGAAGGCAAUCAAUUCCUCUGUGGGAAGGGUGGAGCACACUCGUGUACCUGGAAAAAGAGAGAAAGUGAAAGUUGAAAAGGAAAAUAGCAAUACUGAUUCGAUGGAUGGAUGUCAACCAUCGGAUGUGGCUAGAAACUCCUUUUCUCUUGCUCUCAAAGAAUGUCGGGAUCGGAGAACGAGAUCCGAAGCUUUAUUGAAUAAGGUAGACAGGCAAAGAGCUGCUUCAUUGGACCUGAAUAAUGUCACAGUCUCAUCUCCUCGUCUGGAAAUCAUGAGAAAGAGCUCUUUCUCACCUAUGACGUCUGAUGUUAGUAUGUUAAAAAGUCCUGCUGUGACGAGCUGUAGGCCUGCCAAUGCUGAAAUCCAAAAAGGUUGGAGCUCAGAAAGAAUUCCCUUACAUAAAAAUUAUAGCUUGAAGCAAGCGACUACGGCCUUCUUGCCUUUCAGUAAUGGGAGAACACUGCCAUCAAAGUGGGAAGAUGCAGAGCGGUGGAUCUUCAGUCCUGUUCUCAAAGAUGGCGUAGUCAGAUCUUCUGUCCCUCCACCUCAGAGGCGGCCCAAGUCAAAAAGUGGCCCACUUGGAUUUCCUGUUAUUGCAUACAAUUCAUCGUAUUCACCCGGAAUGCUGAUGCUCGAAAGAUCAAAGGAGGUGAAUUUCGUGUCUUCACCCUUUUCGGAAGGGAUGGUUGCUGCAGAUGGGUUGGCAGUUCAUUCGAGUGGUCGUGAAGCAGACAACCCUGCACAAACUCAGCCUUGCAUAUCACGCUCUGUUAGUGUGCAUGGCUGUUCUCAAACGAGGAGUGAGUCUUCAUUGACUAAUUCAGUUGCUCUGAACUCUAAUGGAGUCGACAACUCAGCCAAAAAUAUAUCUCGUGAUGUUUCAAGAAGGGACAUGGCGACCCAAAUGAGCCCAGCUGAUGACUUUAAAUCAUCUUUGGAGAUUAGACCGCCUAUCUCUAUUGCCACUUCUUCUGUCCAACCCAUUAGGGAGCUAAAGAGUCUGUCUUACUCGAAAUCAGAAGUCAAGGAUGUCGAGAUUGAUGGGCGUGUUACCCUGACUAGGUGGUCUAAGAGACACAAAUCCCGGAUUCCAUGCAAGAGUCAAUUUCAUAAGAAAGAUGCAGAGCCUGUGAUCUGUGCUUGGGAUGUACCUGACACAACAAGGAGUAUCUCAAAAGUAAUGAGAGAGGAGGCAAAGAUCACAGCGUGGGAGAAUCUUCAAAAGGCAAAAGCUGAGGCUGCUAUUAGGAAGUUAGAGAUGAAGCUAGAGAAGAAGAGAUCAUCAUCCAUGGAUAAGAUCAUAAAAAGGUUGAAAUCUGCUCAGAAGAAAGCUCAAGAAAUGAGGAACUCCGUGCUAGCUAAUCAGAUGAACCAAGUUGAUGGGUCUUCUCAUGGAGGAAUAUCUUCUGUCAGAAACCUUCAGCGGACUUCGUUAAGUGGUUGCUUCACCUGCCACGCUUUCUGAGGCCGGCUCAAGGAAAUUUCUGGUUUAUAUCCCAGAUAACCUUUCUGCCAUAAGGAAGUCUUUAGUCAUUCUUUCUCCCUGCAAAAUCCUCCCAACCAACCAAAAGAAGGAAAAGAAAAAGAAAAAGAGAAAGGAAAGUCUGGAUUUUCUUUCAAAUUACAAAGGUAUUGAAAGCCUGUAAGGUUCAUUGGGGAUGUAGCGUAUAUGAUACAUUUGGAUGUCUCUUGAUUGUAGGAGAUCCAUUCUGAUGAAUUUCCAUCUUAUGAUUAUCUUUCUAAUCCACUCAUAAUUUUAGCUUGA